AUGUUUAUGAUUUUUGGGACUGAAAGUGAAGACAACGUCGAGUUAUUACACUUUGGAGAUCAAGUAACAUUUUAUUCGAACGAUGAAGAUGGUGGAUUGCUAUGUAUGGAGGGUCAAAUCAGCAAUAAACCAAACGUAACACGGAUCAAUAGCGAUGGAAAUUUCUCAACGUCGUUAACAAGGGAAAAUGAAACGCGUUUUCGACCAGAUAAACUAAUCGAGGAGUUUGGGGGUGAUAAUGAGCAGGACAACAAAUUACAAAGACGUUUACAAGAGUCCGUAGUUUAUUAUGGUAACAUUAUCCAGCUUCUUCACGUAAAGUCGAAUAAAAUACUUCGAGCUAAAAAGCAAUUAUCUCCUGAAUUUAAAGAUGCUUCUGUACGUUUUACAUUGGAAGAAUAUCAAGGUGAUGAGUCAUGGUUUAUAAUUCAACCAUCAUAUAAACACAAACAAAUAGGUGAUCCGGUUGUGAUCGGGGAUAAAGUGACUCUAUUCGCCUGUCGUGCUGGUUGUGCAUUGAACAUUAAACAACUUAAUUCAAAUACUAAACAGCAUAAAUUAAUGUCUGAUAUUAAUCAUCAUGAAAUUAAUAAUGAUAAUACCAGCUGGCAAAUUAAUCUUUAUUUAAGUUAUCAAGAUAAUUUAGAUCAUAUAUUGAAAGGGGGUGAUAUCAUUAGAUUGUUUCAUAGUGAAGCAGAAAAAUUUCUCACUUGUGAUGCAUAUGAAAAUGAGUUACAUGUAUUUUUGCGUACUACAUUUCGAGCAGCUACCACUACAGCCAAAAGUUCAAAAGCAUUAUGGGAGAUUGAGGUAAUUCAUUCGGAUUGUAGGCGUACUGGAGCUGGACACUGGAACAGUUUAUUUCGUUUAAAACAUUUAAUUACUGGACUAUAUCUCUGUCCUAAGGUUAUCAAAAUAAACAAUAAAUCUGGAGAACAAGGUGCUUUUUGUAAACAAGACCAAGAUGAUGGUUGUAUCGAAUCUUUUCUGACUUUAUCCAAAGAACCGACAUAUGAAACUGUUUUUGAGAUGGAUUCAACAAGUCACUAUAAAGAAAGUGAUGGAUUUAUACCAAAUAAUGCAUUUGUACGUAUUUGUCAUACAGCCUCACGAAUGUGGAUUAAAGCUAGUGAUAUUCCUAUUGAUACUGACGCGGAUAAACCUAUUAUGUAUAAGCUUAAUCUUACUUCAUUUAAAGAUAACAAAGAAGUAUUCGCUAUUCUUCCUGUACCAGCGAAUGUUAUGAGAGAUUUGGAUUUUGCCAGCGACUCCUUCAAAGCACUUAGAGCUAUUCUCUGUAUGAUGAAUGACCAUGGAAAGUUGACAGAAACUCAAAUGAGAUCACUUAUAUUUAUUUUAUCAGAGUUAGUAAUGUUUCUUAACGGGAAUACACGUUUAACAUUUGAGUCGACCAAUCCAACUAUACAAAAUGAAAUAGGCUUACGGGAUAGACAGAAGUUAUUACGUGAACACAAUAUUAUUGCACAAAUCAUUAAUAUAUUAAACAGUAAAAUUAUUAGUAAUUUACCAAAACAAUCUACAUCAAUUGUAAAUAAUCAUUUAAUUAAUUCAAAUAUUUUAAUAUGGAAACCAGAUAUUUCUUUAAUAUCUAUUCUACAUGAAACAGAAAUAAAUACAAUUGAUUCACAACAACAAGAUAUUUAUUUAGAUGAAAAAAAUGAAAUAUUAGCCUGGCAAACUGUUGGAAAUCUUUGUUAUCGAAUACUUACAUUAUCACAACAUGGUUAUAGAAAAAAUCAGGAGUAUCUAGCACAGUAUCUGAAUUUGAUGCAAACUCACAUUGGCUUAGGUAUAAGAGCAUCAGAGACGAUUACAGCUCUGUUGCAUAACAAUCGACAGUUACUUGAAAAACGUGUUGGUGAACUAGAAGUUUCUGCAUUUGUUUCGUUAGUACGUGACAAUAUUGAAGCCCGAUUUUUGAAUUAUUUAUCAGCGUUAUGUAGUUCUUGUGGUGUAGCAAUUCCUGUUACACAAGAACUUAUUUGUCAUCAACUAUUAUCUGAGAAUAAUGAAGAUUUAUUAGUAGAAACAUGCAACAAAACAUUUAUUGAUUCAGAAAACAACAACUAUACAACAGAUAUUAUUACUUUAAUCUGGAAACAAACCUAUUUCAUGGAUGAAUAUUUUUGGAAAAAUAUUCAUUCUAAUUUAAUUUUAAAUCAAUCAGAAUGGAAUCAAACACAAAAGGGUUUAGAAUUUAAUUUGAAUAUAUUAAAUGAUAUUGUAAUGAAUCAAUCAAAACAAGAAAUGAAUGAAAUCUCAUCAAAACCAAUUACAUUAUGUUAUUUAAUUUUAGAUUAUUAUCAAGCACAAAUUGAUUUAUUUGCUUUAUUAUGCCAACAACGACAAUAUAUUGCUAUUAAUUAUUUAUCAACAAAAUUAUCAGUUCAUUUAUUAUUGAAAUGUAUGAGGAAUGAACGGCUUAGACCUAGUCUACGUGCAUCGUUUACUCGGUUAUUAUUAAAUCUUCAUGUAGAUCGAGAUCCUCAAGAAUUGCAUCAACCUAUUCAGUAUGCUCGUUUAUGGAGUACAUUAGGCACAAAGUCAGAUGUUUCCAGUUAUGAAGAAGCAAAUAGUUCUACAGACAAACAAGAAAAUUUCACAACUGAUUUUAUGAAAAUCAAGAAUUUUGUAAAUGAUUAUUUGGAUAAUAUGCUUUCCAAUGGUUGUUAUUUAUCUGAACCCGGUUACAUUAAUUUAACAAAUGAGGUUAUCAAUCUUUCUAAGAAUUUGGUAUUUUUUGGUCUUUACAAUAUUAAAGAAUUAUUACUUCUUGGUCAAAAACUUGUAUUCAUGCUCAAUCAAUUGGGGAGUACAAAUGAUUUUAAUUUAUGCAAAAUGAAAGAGAUGAACAACUCAUCAUCAAUACUGAAUAAUUCAAAUGAUAAGAAACUAUUUGAUUUAAAAUUAAAAACUCUGGAUAUCAUUGAAUAUAUUUUAGACGUUCGUGUAGACUAUCAAAUCUACUGUUUAUUAACUACUCUUCGAAGCGUUCAGCAGCCAGAAGCUUGUUCAAAUGACUUGAGGUUAGAGGAUUUGGAAAAAAUGCAAACUUUAGAAUUAUCAAAUGAAAUUAGAAAUCAGCUUUUAACAUUGUUUCCUUUAAACAAUCCAUCACAAAAUCUUGAAAUUAAUGAAUUAUCAAAACAGAAUUCAACAGAGAACAAAUUAACUAUUCUUAAUAUAGAUGGUUAUAAUGGUCAAUUAUUAAUUGGUGUAUUGGCUCGUUUAUGUAUAUCAACUAAUGUUGAAUUAAAAUUAAAAUCAUUACAAUUAUUAUUUCGACAUUUUAGUCAACAAGAAGAACUAAUCAAUAAAUUGAAACAGGUACAACUUUUAGUAUCAGAUACAGGAAUAAAAAUUUAUCGUCAACUUAAACAACAUUUAGAUACAUUACGUUGUUUAAUUGAAAAAUCUGAAUUAUGGAUGCAUGAUAAAAGUUGUAUGACUAGUUCAAUUAAUAAUAACAAUAUUCAAAUUUACACUCCAUGUAGUUGUAUAAAUAAUUAUGCUUUGGUUAAAGAUAUACUUUGUCAUAUAAUAUCUUUAUUUCAAUUAGAACAUAAUGAUUUAUUGACUUCAAUCAUAGAACAGAAAUCAAAUAAUGUCAUGGAUGUUCUUAGUACUGAAAUCAGUACACAAAUAAAUAAUAGAAUACUUAGAACUAUGGAUAAAUCAUCAUCGUCAUCAUCAUUUCCGUUUGAACAAAUACAACAACUUUUACGUCAUUUAGGAGUGCAUACUAUACUGAAAGAAUUAUUGAAUAUUCCAUUCAAACGUACCGAUGUUGUAUUCAAUGAGAUUGUUCAUUUGACGAAAUAUAUUUUAUGUUUAUUUUGUUACAACAAUAAGAUAAACCAAAAAUUAUUAUAUCCGUAUCUUGAUAAAUUCAUCACAACUGAAACUGAUGAUGUUGAAGUCUGCUUGUGGAUGCUAAAAGACAAUACGGAAUUGUGCAUGAUGAUUGACCGUCCAACCAUUAGAAAACUUUGUUUUUUUCUCCAAAAAACCCGUCCACAUGUGCAUUGGCUCGAAGUGCUGAUAACAGUUGUGAAACCGAACGAUGAAGUAUUAAGCCCAGUACGAGAAAUGAUUUCAAAUGAGCUUUGUUCAAUGUUUGACGACACAUUAUUCUUGAUGAAUAGUUUUUCACGUGUACGAAAUAUUUUGGAAUCACUUUUAUCGACAAUAACCUAUUCUAAAUCAUCAUCAUCAUCAUCAUCGUCACUAUUGUGGUCAGUUAUACAAUUUCCUGAUAAUACAUCUAAACAAGAUUUAUUAUUUAAUUUGAAAUUUUUUCAUUUAUUAAAUAUACUACUAAUUGAAGAGAAUGAUAUUUUACUUAAAAAAUAUCGUAAAUGGUUUAAAUUAUCUGAAUUAAUUAACAUUAUUAUACAUCCAGUUAUUAAAUGUAAAAAUUUAUAUCAAUUAAGAAAUGUUUAUAUGGAAAAUUUAGCAAAUUUCUGUUCAAGUCAUGAUUUUAAAAAUAAUUUUAUCAUACAAUAUAGUGAAUCAUUAUCUUUACUUUGGAGAGAUAUUACUGAAGAACUAGAUAAACCGAAAUCACCUGUCACUGAUUGGAGAAAAGACUUGAUGGCCGGUAGACGUCGCAGUCCACCGGAAAUGCCUGAGAGUAGUUAUUAUGGAAACGAAAAACGUUCAAAAGGUCAUAGGCAUUCCAAAAAGCGUGAUAAACAAAGACAUGGUAACAGUCAUUCACACAAAUCUCAGAAAAGGUCUCCGUCUCACAACGCAGACUAUUAUCGACCUCGCAAGCAUAAUCAUGAUUCUGGAUCCCGACACAUGGUCGAAGUUACCGAGAGAGAUCAAAGAUCAGGUUAUUUAGAACAAUCAAGAAAAGAUGGUUUUGCUGAAAACUACAGAAAAUAUGAAGGUCCUGACUUACCUUCUCAUUAUGAUUAUCGUUCGUCUAGUAGAUACAGACAUGAUACUGAAUCACACGGUCGCAACGCAAGCCCAGAACCAAGCCGCGCGCGCGAUAGAGAAUCUGAUUGGCAUCUGAGAGAUCAUGAUCACCGACAUAGUCACCAUCCUGGUCACAUAAAAGGAAGAGAAACCUCACCUGGACACGAAAAUAUAUCCUUUGAAAGACCCCAGUAUCACAGUUUACCGAGUCCUGAAGGGCCAUCAGUGCCCCCAAGUAUUUCCAAAAGACCUUCAGAUUCUACGAUAAUCGAAGGAAUCCCCAAUGCAAGUCGUUGUUUAAUGCAUAAACUGAUGCAAAUGAACCAUGAUUCAUUGCUAGGUCCAGCUUCAAUGGAAUGUUCACAAAUGAUAAUGCGUACAAUUCCUUCAGCAAGUCUUCCGGUUUCGCCAGAAUUCUCCUACAAACCGAACAUUUUUAUGACAAAUUCUUAUACAGAUUUAUGUAAAACACUUGAAGACAAAAUCAUUUCUACAAGUGAUAUUACAUCUGAUGACUCGAUAGAUAGUGGAUUGCAGGAUGAAAAUUCAUUCGAUUCAAAUCUGUCUGAAAAAGUCAAUGUUAAAACCGUCCAACAAGGUCAGAUGAGUAAGAGUUUGAGUGAAGUUCAAAUGAGUCAAACUCUGGAUGAUGCAGAUCGAUCAAUGUCUAAAAACUUUGCAAAGAAUAUAGAAAAACAGUUCAAUAAUAUGAUUAAAGAAAUUGAACUUCAACUUAGUACAUCCAUUUAUAAAGAAUAUGAUUCAUUAAUUCGAUUUCUACAAUAUCCAAUGAAUUUCAUUGAAAUACGAGAAAUAUCAACAUUAGUUAAAAGUGAUGAUUUUUCAUAUAAUUCAUUUAUAGCCUCAUUGGUGCAACAUGCAUAUGAUUUGAUUGAAUUAGGUUUAGAAAGUCAAUUUGUCAAGCUUUUACAAGUUUUUAUUUCCUUAUCUAAAGCACCUAUGAUGGAGUCUGUACCAUUAGAAAUGAAAUGGAGUUUGGAUGGAUUAUCGAAUACUGGUCAAAAUGCCAUACAUUAUUUUCUAUGUUCAAAUGGAAUUUGUGAUCUGAUUAUACGAUGUAUAGAAAAUCCUAAUACUUCUGAAACGAUUUUUGUCAUGGCAAAUGAGUUGGCGAUUAACCUUUUAAAGCACAGUAAUAAAUAUGUACAGGAAUGUUUCUAUAUUAUUCUGUCGAAACCUAAACAACAUGAAGAUUUCUUCAAUUCUAUGUUUCAACGUUUUCAUAAUGCUUAUAGUCAAAUGGAUAACUUAACAAAAAAUAGAUUCUUUUGUAAAGAAGAAUUUACAAAAACUACAAAUUAUUUAGAUUGUUUCAAUUCAUUAAUAACUGGCAAGAAUAUAUCAGUACAGAUAAGUUUACAAUUUUUACAAACUUUAUGUCGUAGAAACAAUUUAAGACUUCAGGAACUUUUGCGUGUUCAACCACAUAAUGUGACAAAUUUUAAUUUAAUUGAAGAAAUCAAGUCGUUAUUUAUUAAUUUGUGGAAAAUAAAUGAUAAGUUAAUUAAUGCUGCUACCUUUGACAGUAACAACGAAAACAGUUGUACUAAUGAUAGUAAUAAUAAUGAUACUCUGAACUAUUGUUAUAUUAAUCAUAAAACAUCACAUAGUAAACAGAAAUGUUUCAACAGUACGGAAAACAGUCCUUUGAAAAUUGUACAGAAUAAUAUGAACAUUAUGGAGCCAAUAACGAAAUAUCAAAGAAAAUUUAAUAAGUCAUUAUUCCUUGAAAUGAAUCACAAUCAACAAAGUGUGCAAAUUCAGAAAAAUAAUAACAACUCAGUACAUUUUAUUCAACCUGAAAUUAUACUACUUAUUUUGACUUGUCUAAUUGAAUUUUGUCAUGGUCCUUGUUUGAAUAAUCAAAAUGAAAUUUUAUUCGGAAGUUCGAAUAUUUUACACUUAUUAGUAAACUUAAUAUUGUGUACACCAAAAUGGAUUAGAAACAAUAAACUUGAAGACAUAACAUGUUCACUUGCUGAAAUUAGCUGUUUGUCAAUUAAGCUAUUGUUAGCUGUGUUGGAAGGUCGCCAUGAAGAUAAAGUUUAUCAACAACUAAUUGAACUCUGUCCAUUAGAUAAGUUAAUAAGUACAAUUCAUUAUUACCAUAUUUUGUCAGAGGAUUUAGAUUUUGCAACGAAUCAUCCACGUGAAUCAUUUCAUAAAUGCGGACAUUUGUUAUUUAUAUUGACACAAUAUUUGUAUAGAUGUUUCCCAGCAAUUUUUAAACAUAUGAAGACAUCUGAGGAUCAUGAUCAUCAUAUUAAUAAUCAAUUAUCAAGCUUCAAAUGGUCUGAGUCAAAUUUAUACAAUAAUACAGAAGGGAAAAAUUGUUUGCACGAAAUGAAAUGUACAGAUCAUAACAAUAUUCCAUUGAAUGGUACAAGAAAGUUGGAUUUCAAUAACACUAUUAUAAAACGUUUGAUUAAGGGUAAAAGUGAUAUUAUUUUAAGCCUUCAACAUUAUACCAUUAAUACAGCACAGAUAGAGAUCGUACGUGAAGACAAUAGAAUUGAACGUAUAGUUUAUCCAAUUCCUAAAAUAUGUCAUUAUUUAACUAAUUCUAAAAAACAUCAAUUAUUAGCAAUAAAUAAUAUGGAUAAUGAUUAUUCGAAAAUUCCUUCAUUAUUUAAAAUAAUUGAAGAGAUUUAUGCUGAAAUGUUAUCUGCUGAACAUAUGCUUAUUCAUCCAUGGAUUCACUGGUUUUCACUGCGAUCCCAAUGGAUAUCAGAUGCAAGUUUUUAUCGAACGUUAUGUUUGAACUGUUUAUUAAUUAGUUUCUAUCCAUUUCGAGGAGAAUGCUUAUCUUAUGAUUUCUAUAAUUUCGAAACUCAGAUUACUGUAAUACCAAUUGCUGUACUCGCUGUUGUAUUAUGCCUUUUGUCUUCAAAUCAAUUAUUAGUUCAAAUAUACAUUGGACUAGAAACUUUAUAUUUGUUAUUUGCUUGUGCUACUGAAAAUGUAAUUCUUGUAUUAGGACUAACUAAUUUCAUUUUCAGAUUUACCAAUCUAUUCAUUAUAUAUAAACAAUAUUCUCUUAUAAAAAAUUAUAAAAAUUGUUUAUUUUCUAAUCAAAUGAAUACAAAUGAAAUAAAUUGGCAAACAUAUUUAAACUAUAUAAAUAAUAAAGAGAAAACACUAUUGUUUCAUCCGAAAAAAACAUUCUCAUUUAUACAAUUAUCAUUAUUAAGGUGGAACAGUAAUAAUAAUAAUCAUAAUAAUCUCUUCUUAAUUGGUUAUGAAUUAUUGAAAUCUAUUCAUCAUCAAUUGUCUUUAUUUCAUUUCAAUAUUCCAAAUAUAAAUCAAUUACAUUAUCAAUUAAUACAUCAAUUGAUAUUGAUUAUAUUUACUGGUUUUGGAAUUGUGAUACAUCCAUUCUUUUAUAGUCUUGUAUUACUUGAUGUGAUCACACGUGAAGAGACGUUGUUGAAUGUUGUACGAUCAGUGACUAAAAAUGGUCGAUCAAUUUUCUUAACUGGGAUUUUAGCACUAAUCAUUAUCUACUUAUAUUCCAUCAUUGGAUAUGCUUAUUUUCAAAAUGAUUUUACUAUCGAAAUCGAUGUAACAAAUGACAAUGAAACUGUUGACAGUAUAGAACGUCGAUGUGAUUCACUACGUAUGUGCAUAUUGACAACUUUACGAGAAGGGCUACUAAAUGGUGGCGGAAUUGGUGAUGUACUCAAACGUCCGAGCAGUAAGGAUAAUUCAUUUCUUUUUCGAACAAUUUAUGAUUUAUCAUUUUUUGUUAUUGUUAUUGUUAUUAUAUUGAAUUUAAUAUUUGGUGUCAUUGUGGAUACAUUUGCUGCACUUCGUCAAGAGAAACAAAAUUCUGAAGAAUUAAAUAAAAAUCAUUGUUGUGUUUGUGGAUUACAUCGUUCAGCAUUUGAUCAUUCGAAUACAAGCUUUGAUGAACAUGUUGAAGUGGAUCAUAAUGUAUGGCAUUAUAUAUAUUUUAUAAUAUAUUUAAGAACAAAAUUAACCGAUGACUUAACUGGUCUAGAAAUUUACAUUGAUAAACUUAUCAAAGAAAAUGAAUUUAAAUGGAUACCACGUAGACGAGCUAUGACUUUGUAUAACAUAGAAAAUGGUUCUUCAGAAAAAUCUGAAGAAAUCACCGCAUUAACUAACUCACUCAACAAAACUGUCAAAGCGAUGGAUACACUUAAUGAAAGCUACCAAAAAUUGUCUAAACUGAUUAGUAAACAAUUUAUGGAAAAAUCUAAAGAACAAUUACUUUCUUCAAUGUUAAAUUCUGUUUCAAAUAAAAUGAACAUAGAAGAAUGA